AUGGAGAGUUCGCAUAGGUUUUUGUUGGUGGCACUAAUAGUAGCUUCUUCUAUUAUUCACCUUGUUCAAGCUCAAGCAGGGUUCAUCAGUUUGGAUUGCGGAUUAUCUCCGAAUGAGCAGUCUCCUUAUAUUGAGCUGGAAACUGGAUUACAGUACUUAUCAGAUUCAAGCUUCAUCCAAAGUGGAAAAAUUGGUAAAAUUGAUGCAAGUCUUGAGUCGAAGUACCCAAGAUCACAAAUAACGUUGAGGUACUUUCCAGAUGGAGUACGAAACUGUUACAAUCUUAGCGUUCAUCAGGGAACAAAUUAUUUGAUCAGGGCUACAAGUAACUAUGGAAACUAUGAUGGUCUUAACAUUUCUCCUAGAUUUGAUUUGUACAUAGGCCCUAAUUUUUGGGUAACAAUAGAUUUGGAGAAGCAUGUAAAUGGUAAUACAUGGGAAGAAAUCAUUCACAUCCCAAAGUCAAACUCUUUGGAUGUUUGUCUUAUAAAGACAGGCACAUCAACGCCUAUCAUAUCGACAUUGGAACUAAGGUCUCUACCAAAUAAUACUUACAUAACAGAAUCAGGUUCUUUGAAGUCAAUACUAAGAUCAUACCUAAGUGAAGCAACAAAAGUUAUACGGUACCCGGAUGAUUUCUAUGAUCGGAAAUGGGUUCCAUACUUUGAGUCGGAAUGGAGGCAAAUUUCCACCACUCUCAAAGUGAACAACACCAUUAAUGGCUUUCUUGCGCCGCAAGAUGUGCUCAUGACCGCCGCAGUACCUGCCAAUGCUAGUGCGGCGUUGAGUUUUACCAAGGAUCUUGAGUUCCCUAAAGAUGAACUUUACUUCUACUUCCACUUCUCUGAGAUCCAAGCCUUACAGGCCAACCAGACUAGAGAGUUUAGCAUUUUGUGGAACGGAGAAGUUAUUUUUCCAACUUUGAGUCCUAAAUAUCUAAAGGCCAGCACUCUUUACAGUGUGUCACCAUUUGUUUGUGAAGUAGGGAAAUGCUUAUUAGAGCUGAAAAGAACUCAAAACUCAACUCUCCCGCCUCUACUUACCGCCAUUGAAGUAUUCACAGUGAUCGACUUCCCACAGUCUCUAACAAACGAAGAUGAAGUGAUUGCUAUCAAUAACAUCAAAGACACCCACAAAUUGAGUAGAAUCUCAUGGCAAGGAGAUCCAUGCGUCCCAAGGCAGUUUUUGUGGGAUGGUCUAAGUUGCAAAGAAAUGAAUGUGUCUACACCACCAAGAAUAACUUCCUUAAACUUGUCUUCAAGUGGAAUAAUGGGAACCAUAUCAAUUGAAAUUCAAAAUCUUACACAUCUCGAAAAGUUGGACUUGUCAAAUAACAAUUUGACAGGACUGGUGCCCGAAUUUUUAGCUAAUAUGAAGACAUUAAUGUUCAUAGAUUUGAGGAAGAACAACCUAAAUGGGUCAAUUCCAAAGUCUCUUCGUGAUAGAGAAAAGAAAGGACUACAAUUAUUUGUUGAUGGCGAUAAUACGUGUUUAUCCAAUUCGUGCGUCCCAAAAAAGAGAUUUCCAAUGAUGAUAGUUGCAUUAGUUGCUUCUGCAGUCUUGGUCAUCAUAGUGGUACUAACUUUCAUUUGCGUGUUCAAAAAGAAAAAGAGAUCAGUUCAAAUGGAAGAUAUAUCCCCAUCGCUAGUUAUGCCAACAAUGGAUACUGCGUCAAAGAGUAUAUCCGAACAACUGAUCAAGACAAAAAGGAGAAGAUUUACUUAUUCAGAAGUUGUAGAAAUGACACAAAAUUUCAGAAAGGCUCUAGGGGAAGGAGGUUUUGGCAUAGUCUAUCAUGGUUAUCUAAAAAAAUCAGAUCAAGUAGCGGUUAAAGUACUUUCUCAAUCAUCAUCACAGGGAUAUAAACACUUCAAGGCAGAGGUUGAACUUUUGCUGAGAGUUCACCACAUUAACUUGGUUGGCCUUGUUGGGUAUUGCGAUGAACGAGGUCACUUGGCUCUCAUCUACGAAUAUAUGUCCAACGUGGACUUAAAACAUCAUUUGUCAGGAAAACAUGAUGUCUCUAUUUUGAAGUGGAGUACUCGAUUAAGAAUAGCCAUUGAUGCCGCACUAGGACUGGAAUACUUACAUAUUGGUUGUCGACCAUCCAUGGUACAUAGAGAUGUCAAAAGCACGAAUAUAUUGUUGGACGAGCGAUUCACUGCCAAAAUUGCGGAUUUUGGGCUUUCAAGAUCCUUCCAACUUGGAGAUGAAUCUCAUAUUUCGACCGUUGUGGCUGGUACUCCUGGAUAUCUAGAUCCUGAAUAUUACAGAACGGGUCGGUUGGCCGAGAUGAGCGAUGUCUACAGCUUUGGAAUUGUGUUAUUGGAGAUGAUGACAAACCAACGUGUGAUUGACCAAAACCGCGAAAAACGACACAUAACAGAAUGGGUAGCAUUAGUGCUUAACAGAGGAGAUAUCACCAGGAUCAUGGAUCCUAAUCUUUACGGAGAUUACAACUCAAAUUCUGUAUGGAAAGCUCUUGAAUUAGCUAUGACAUGCGCAAACCCUUCUUCAGAAAAACGACCGAGCAUGUCCCAAGUUAUUAGCGGACUAAAAGAAUGUCUUACUUCAGAAAACUUGAUGAGAAAUAAGAAUCAAGACAUAGAGAACUCUGAUAGUUCUCUUGAAAUGACCAUGAACUUUGAUACUGAGGUUGUCCCUAGGGCAAGGUAG